AUGGCGUCUCGCAGCCAUGUGGAUGUGAACGAACGUCGACUUCGGCCGAUUUACGACUGCCUUGACAAUGGAAACAACAAGAAAGCAAUCCAGGAAGCUGAGAAAGUAUUGAGGAAACAGAAGGAUUUUCAGUGUGCGAAGGUGUUAAAGGCGCUGGCUUUGUUACGCCUGGGUCGUCAUGAUGAGAGUUCAGGGUUCCUACAGGAGGUUCACGCCCAGCACCCGACAGAUGAGGCGACAUUACAUGCCAUGGCCAUCUGCUACAGAGAAGUGCAUAAGUUGGACUUGAUCGUAGAUUUGUAUGAGAAUGCGUUCAAAGGUCGACCUGACAAUGAGGAGAUUCUCUCAGCGCUGUUCAUGGCGUACGUGCGUCAGGGGGACUACAAGAAACAGCAACAGACUGCCAUGGUCCUUCACAAACUGCGGCCGAACAAAAACCCCUAUUACUUCUGGGCGGUCAUGAGCAUAGUCAUGCAAGCACAUUCGACAAAGGAUAAGAAACUGUCGCACACUAUGUUUCUACCGUUAGCAGAGAGGAUGACACAGAAGUAUGUCAAAGAGGAGAAAAUUGAGGCAGAAGCAGAGGUACAGAUGUACUUGAUCAUCCUGGAGCUGCUGGGGCACACUGAGGAAGCCUUGAGGGUCAUACAAAGUCCACUUGGGGAGAAGUUAGUGAGUGAGCUACAUUUUGUGUCCAAGAAGUCGGCAGAUCUUCUGUGCAAGCUGGAGAGGUGGCCUGAGGCAAACGUGGCAUGCAAGGAAAACUUGAUCAGAGACCCAGACGACUGGCAGAACUGGCUGGGUUACCUGCAAGCAGUAUUUAGUCUGAUAGACUCACAGUGGACCCCCAGCGAAGACAGUUCCGAGAAGAUUGACCACACACUGGAUAUGGCCAUACAGUUUGUACAUCAGGACGUGAAAAAAUAUGUCCAAGAUGGCCGCUUGAGACGGGGGCCGUACCUGGCAGAACUGGAGCUGUUGAAACGUCUGCAGCAGAAAAACUGCAAGGACAUCACCAAGUUAGGGACUCCUCUUGAUUUAUGUCAGAAGUUUUUUGAGCUUUUUGGUGAUAAGAACAGUUGUUUUAACGACUUGAAGAUGUUCAUUGAUCUGUUGACAGAUGAGGAUCAGAUUAUGUUUUUGGACAAUAUAUGGAAGACUUUGGAGCUUGGUCCAGAUGUUGAUGGAGGGGUGGUGUAUGCCCAGUCUGUCAAGCAGAUGUAUCGUCACAUGACCUACCUCCAGUUGAAGAGGUUCAUGAGGGGUGCCCCCAAGAUGUCCAGUGAGGAGAAGCUGAAGCUGUCCCAAGAGUUGAUCUCCAGGCACAAGGAGGGCCUGCAAUUCGGUCGUGACCUGCUGAGUACAGACCUGCAGUACUCUGACAACUACCUGGUGUUGGCGGUACACUUUAUGAUGGAUGUGUGGAAAGCCACAGGGAAUGACAGUCUGGUUUGGCAGAUGAUCCUUCACCUGGAAAAAGGUGUGAAGCACAGCCCGUCAAACUUUCAGUUCAAGUUACUGCUUGUACAGCUGUACUGCCGCAUGGGUGUUUUUGGGCCUUGCCCAGCUCUCUACGAUGCCAUGGAGAUUAAGCACAUCAUGAAUGAUACAAUGGCACAUAUACUGUUUAACCAUGUGGGUCGAUUAGGUCAUGUGAUGUCAGCGUGUGCGAUGUACGGGACGAUGCUCCGGUUUUUUACUGUCAAUCAUAAAGAGACUGCUGAAUAUCUCAUCUCAUCUUAUAAAUAUGGAUCAUUUACAAAGAUUUUUGAAUUUGUAAAAUUCCGAGAAAAGCUGCAAAACUCGCUUCAGUUUGCCACAGCAACAGCAGAACGUUUGGUGCUGGAUCUAGUGUUAGAAACAAACAGCCAUAAUAGUACAGAGCAGAUGAUGUCUUAUAUGGAGAUAGAUCCUGAGAAGGACAAGACAGAUUUUGAUGAGCUGUGUGACAACAGGGAUUUCACUGUGAUGCUAACUUGGGACCCACCUCACUUAAUAAAUUUGGAAGAAAUCAAGUUAAAAUCGUUUGAAGAAGAGAAAGCUUGGCUGAAGUUACGUAAUUUACAGCUAAGGAUCUUAGCAGCAGCCAUCUCAUUAGGAAAAUCUUCAACAUCUCACGACCACGCUAACAAUGGCGUAAACGACAACAGCAAGCCCAGCAUGACGCAAGUGCUGCACACGCUCUUCAGUCAGCUGAAGUCACACCUGGAGGCGUGUCAGCAGCAGUUUGCAACACCUGCCGAUUACCCGUUACAAGGGCCCUUCAGGACAAGACUCUCCUCUUAUCUCAGCGGUCUACAUAGUAAAUUAUUUAUAGAAAUGGUGGAGAACGUUUUCUAUUGUCAAACACUAAGAGAAGAAGGUCUAGAGCGGAUAGACAGCACAUUAGAGGAACGACUGAGGACCUCAGCUGGAGGACUAGUUAAUGAGUUGGUGUGGAGUCAGGACUGUAAACUCAUCCUUCAGGAAGACUCUGGCUGUUCUCUUCACCAUGAAGUUAUAGAGCAGUUUGUCAUGUCAGCUGAGAGCCUGGCCCAUGCAACAGUAUUAGCAGGCGUAUGUCACCGCCUUCUCAAACCGCUCAAAACAGCCUUCACGAAGAAACAGAAAAAGAAGAAAGACUCGUCAUUACCUGUGCCUGUGAGUUUUGGGAACUUCACACAGCUAGUGGAGGGGUUGGAGAAGGGGGCACAAGGUCUGCAUGUGGCCUCUCAGAACCUGGAUCCUGUGUUUCUCUCUCUGGACAUGGCUAACCUCAAUCUGUCUGCCCCAGUCAGUGACUCAGAGGACGACCAGCACGCCUCACAGGAGAUGUGGAAGGGAGUAGAAAGCAGCUACCAGCAGACAGCCAAACAAAUGUCCGAGUUCCUGCACACGAAACUUCACUACCUCAAUAGUCUGCGCUUAUGAUGUGAGCCUCAAGCUAACCAAUCUAGUUAGACCAACUCCGCUGUGGUGUGAGGGACUGGUGGGUUUGUGUGGCUUCUCUUAGCGUCCAGGGGGCACUGGACGCUGGGCAAGGAGAACCCAAGCUCUCCCUCAGUGACUGAGCUAAAGAAGUGAACUUGAUAUAAAGGCGUCCAAGCUGAAAGAC